CCACUACAGCGGAAGUGUUUUUUUCAGUUCUGUCUUCCCUCCCAUAAUAGCACAAUUGCACCUUAUAGUCAGAAGUGCAUCCGAAGGUGAUGUCUCUCCGUUCGGACCAGAGAGAGGAUGGAGAGAACACCUCCGGCUCCUCAGAGGCUAAAACAGACCGUUAUGGAUUCCUGCUUGUUAAUGGAGAUACAAACAAUGACAGUGAUGACCUCAGUCCUGAGUUGGUGAGACACCGUGAAAUGAAAUGGAUCAACCUUAUGAGCCAGUGGGAUCAGGUGAUGGAGAAGAAGCAUAGUAAGAUCAAAGCUCAGUGCCAGAAGGGAAUCCCAGCAUCUGUGAGGUGCAAGUGCUGGCCCCUGCUGUGUGGAGCGACACAGAGGAAAGAGAAUAACAAAGAUCUCUACAAUACUCUGGAGUCGUCCCCGGGUCAGCAAAGCUGGAUUGAUGUCAUCAAGAGAGACACAGACAGGCAGUUUCCUUUCCAUGAGAUGUUUCAGUCCAAAGACGGCCAUGGUCAGCAAGGCUUGUUGCAGGUUCUAAAGGCUUACACUCAGUUUCGGCCAGAUGAGGGGUACUGCCAGGCGCAGGGUCCUGUGGCGGCAGUGCUACUAAUGCACAUGCCCAUGGAGGAAGCGUUCUGGUGUUUGGUACAGAUCAGCGAACACUACCUCCCUGGAUACUACAGUCCCCUGCUGGAGGGAGUUUUGUUCGAUGCUGCAGUUCUCUUUGGAGUGCUUAAAAGGACAUGUCCAGCUGCAUACAAACACAUGCAGAGACAGGGGGUGGAGCCUCUCAUGUUUGCCACCGAUUGGCUGAUGUGCCUGUAUAGCCGCCACCUGCCAUUCAACACUUUACUCCGAGUCUGGGAUCUCUUCUUCUGCAAUGGCGUACGUGUGCUGUUUCAGGUGGCUGUGGUUUUAGUGCGACGUUGCUUAGGGGAGGCUCGACAACGGAAAGAGUGUGAGGGCCAGAUGGAGACUCUGGAGAGACUGCGGUCAGUCAAGGGGCUUGUCCAACACGAGCAGGCCGAUGUCUUUAUUCAAGAGGUGUGUUCAGUACCUUUGUCCUUGGGAGAGCUCCAACGACAGACUGAAAAGGAGUUACAGAAAUGGAGGAAAGAGCGCCCAGGUUCGACCUUUGACCCCCGAGAUCGUUGCCAAGGAUACUAUAUGAUAUGGGAGAAAGGGAAGGAAAGGGUGAAGGAGAACGAAAAGAAGGAGAGACAAAGCAAGAACCUGAAGGUCCCUGUGAUGCGUUCACACUCGUCUCUCUCUCCAGCAAUCCUUCGUAAAAAAUGGAGGAAGAGAGAAAGUAAAACAGAGACUGAGGAGUGGGAAGGAAGAGGGUUUAUGAAACAGUGCAGUGAUGAUGAAGAGAAAAGGAGGGCGAGCGUGUGUGGUGUAGCUGGAGAGCUAAUGGCGAAGACACAGAAGACACCACCUGAGUUCAGUAAACACUUACAGAUAGAGUGUAACACAACCGUUAACAAACAGUGUACAUCAGCUAUGGAAACACAGCUGGAUUCGGAACUGUCAGAUCGCAAUGACACUGUGUUUGAGGAGGAUGAGAACGACGUGGUUGUCAUUGCCGUCCCAUCGCACACUGACACUGGUGACCAUGAAGAAGAAAGAAAGCUGCCUAACAGCCUGAAAGAAGAUGAUUUACUAACAGCUACCAGUCAACAGGAAACAGAAAAACAGCAUGGCACCGAGGCAUGGCAAGACGAAGAAAAGAAAGAACAGACUCCCAGAGAUAACCAGGAUGAAGAAAUUUUAACACAUCGAGACCAACAGGAGCCUGAAACACAACAAGAGGAAUCACAACCUUCCCAACUAGAGGAAGUAGAGGAUGCAAGAAACAAACCUGAGCAGGAACCCCAAGAAAUCAAAAAUAAACAGGAAGAGGAAACUGAAAUUAAGACAUGUAAUCCUGAAGAGAAGGUACACCUUAAAAUCAACACACAAGAAGACGAUGUAGAAGUCCAAGAAAAUACUGACAAACAGGAGAAACCGGAGCAGGAAAACGGAACGAAGAGUAAACGUGAAGGCAAAAUGCGAAUGGAUUCUAGUAAAAAUAAACAGGAAAUAGAGACAAAUAGCCAAGAACAAGAAGAAGAAAUACAUCUAGGCAGCACUAAAGAGGAAGCAAUACAGUUAGGAAAAGAAAAACAAACAAUAAGCAGUGAGGAGGAAGUGGAAAUAGAGGAAGAAAAGGAAAUACAGACAAAGAGCAAUGAACAAGAAGUGGAAAUUCAGGAAGACAAGGGAAUUAUGACAAACAGCAGUGUACAGGAAGAGGAAAUAAAGGAAGAAAAGGAAAUACAGGCAAACAGCAGCGAACAUGAAGUGGAAAUAAAGGAAGAAAAGGAAAUACAGGCAAACAGCAGCGAACAUGAAGUGGAAAUAAAGGAAGAAAAGGAAAUACAGGCAAACAGCAGCGAACAUGAAGUGGAAAUAAAGGAAGAAAAGGAAAUACAGGUAAACAGCAGCGAACAAGAAGUGGAAAUAGAGGAAGAAAAGGAAAUACAGGCAGAGAGCAGUGAACAAGAAGUGGAAAUAGAGGAAGAAAAGGGAAUUAUGGCAAACAGCAAUGUACAGGAAGAGAAAGUAGAGAAAGAAAAGGAAAUACAGGCAAACAGCAGCGAACGUGAAGUGGAAAUAGAGGAAGAAAAGGAAAUACAGGCAAACAGCAGCGAACAUGAAGUGGAAAUAGAGGAAGAAAAGGAAAUACAGGUAAACAGCAGCACACAUGAAGUGGAAAUAGAGAAAGAAAAGGAAAUACAUGCAAAGAGUUGCAAACAAGAAAUGGAAAUUAUGGAAGGAAAGGGAAUUAACGUAAACAACAGUGAACAGGAAGUGGAAAUAGAGAAUGGAGACAAACAAGCACAUAGUGCUAAUGAAGAAGAGAAGCUAAAAAUAUCUCUCAUACACACACAAGAUGAGCUUCAGCAACAGGAAGACAGCACACAAAAAAUUGAAGUUGGGCAAAUUGUGGAAAUGGAAGAGGAAAUGCAUUCAAAUGUACAAACUCCAGAAGAUCAGAAGGAUGCAGAGGAUCGAGCACCUUCCGUUCAAGAAGAAGAAGGUCAUGUGAAAGAUGAAUGCUGUGGAAAUGGAAGCAAUAAAAAUGUGGAAAACACACAGCAAGAGCUGGAAGGAGAGAGACAGAAUGAGGCACGGAUUAGUGAUGCACCUGCGGAGGAAAUCGAAGGAAAUGUCACGGACGGAGAAAAGGGAAGUAGCAAUAGUCUCACAGUGGAUCAAGCGGAAUCAGAAACUUUAGUGUCUUCACCUUGCGUUCAACUAGAGAGGGUGAAAGAACAUUCUGGAGAAUCAGAGACUUCACGGAACUCCGACUGGACCCAGGAUGAAAACACGGAAGUUAACAAAAUGUCCACACCUGAACAUGUGGAACCUGACAGAACCAGUGUAUCUAGAAAUCCAGAGCCUCUACAGCCAAACAAAAAGGAAGAGGAAGUGGAAAUAGAGGUAAAUAUACCAUCUAACUCAAAUCCACAGCUCAGACUUCGCAGGUCCUCCAGCUCCCACACCUCCUAUCCCACGAUCCUCUCUGGGGACACUUUCAGGGACCCGCAACAAAGCAUCAAACGAGAUUCAUGCCCCCGAACCACAGAGGAAGAAGAGUCAGACAUCGCACAGCCUACACAAACACAAUGCUCAAAACAGGAAGAUUCACAAAAACCACAAACGCAAUCUCAAUCGAAGUCAAACAAACCCAAACGCAAGGGUCUGUUUCAACGACUCAGAGCUGACACGCCUUCCAAAUCCACCAUCCCCAAAAUCGUCAUUCAGGACUUCAGUGAGGCAGAGGAAAAGAUGAGCUCUAAGGAGAGGAGGCGGCGGAGGAGGAUGCAGGAGAGGAAAGAGAAAGAGGAAGAUAAGGAAAGGAAGAAGCUGGAGAAAGAGCUGGAGAAAGAAAAGGAGAGGGAAAGGAAAAAAACACAAACGAGAGGAAAGAGCUUUCAGGCUCUCAGUAGAAAGCAUGACGACAAUGAAAUUUUCUCUGAAAGAAGCGGCUCGCCGGCGGUAGGACGUAAAAGGACGUCUUUCUCCGAGAGUUAUUUUUGACUCAGGGAGACACUGACAUUUCUCAGCAUUUUAUAUAAAUGGAUUGUAGUAUGAUUCAUUCAUUUUUCAUUUUGCAGAACAUACACUGCUUUAGAGAGAAAUGCUUAUAAAACUUGUUUGUCUUUUCAAACCCUUAUCAAACAUCUUUGUAUAUACAGUACACCUGACCAUUAAAGCAAAACGUGCCUAUUUUGUUACUCUAUCCAACUACUGUCGAAGGAAAUUAAUGAACAUCUGCUGACCAAUCAGAUUAAGAAUCCAGCAGCACAAGUGGUAUAAAUUAUUUUAUUAUUUUAUUCCUUGGUAUUUGAAUGUUGUGAUUUCCUAAAUCAGAAUUUUAACCGAGUUAAUAGCCAGUGAUGUUUUAGCAUUUUUGGUAAUGACUGGUUGGUUAGCAAAAUAAAAUCAGCCGUGUGAACACAACUCACCUGUAAAGACAAUUAUAGGUAUCUCAUUUAUAUUUUUAUUGGCCGUUUAUGGAUGUUCCAAGGUCAGUAAAGACAUCUGAGAAGAUUUUGUUUAGCACAGAGAUUACUUUUCCUAACACACCUUAAGUGAAUUUUAGUAAAUUAACUACACUGUGUUCAAACCACAGAAGUAAAUAGAUUGACAUGUACGAUGA